AUGGCCGGGGCGCUAGCGGGGCUGGCCGGGGGUUUCCCCGGGCCGCGCGCGGAGCCGGCGCCGGCCUCGGACUCGGACUCGGACACCGACUCAGAGGGGCCGGGCCCUCGGCGGGGGGCCGCCUCGCUGCUCCGCUCGCCGCAGGUCAUCCACAGCGGCCACUUCAUGGUGUCGUCGCCACACAGCGACGCGGUGCCCCGGCGUGGCACCCAGGAGGGGCCCGUGGGGCCCGGGGACUUCGGGCCGCGCAGCAUUGACCCCACGCUCACCCGCCUCUUCGAGUGCAUGAGCCUGGCCUACAGUGGGAAACUGGUGUCUCCCAAGUGGAAGAACUUCAAAGGCCUGAAGCUACUCUGCAGAGACAAGAUUCGCCUCAACAACGCAAUCUGGAGGGCCUGGUACAUCCAGUAUGUCCAGCGAAGGAAGAGUCCCGUAUGUGGUUUCGUGACCCCCCUGCAGGGGUCUGAGGCUGAUGAGCACCGGAAACCAGAGGCCGUGGUGCUGGAGGGAAAUUAUUGGAAGCGGAGGAUUGAGGUUGUCAUGCGAGAGUACCACAAGUGGCGGAUUUACUACAAGAAGCGGCUCCGAAAAUCCAGCAGGGAAGGGGACCUCUUGGCCCCUAAGCAGGCGGAGGGGGGGUGGAGGCCACGAGAACGAUGGUGCGAGCAGCUCUUCUCCAGUGUGGUACCGGUGCUGCUGGGGGGGCCCGAAGAAGAGCCGGGGGGCCGGCAGCACCUCGACCUCGACUGCUUCCUGUCCGACAUCUCCGACACUCUCUUCACCAUGACCCAGCCCGGUCCUGCCCCACUCCAGCUGCCUCCUGAGGAUGCCUACAUUGGCAAUGCUGACAUGAUCCAACCAGACCUGACCCCCCUGCAGCCCAGCCUGGACGACUUCAUGGACAUUUCAGAUUUCUUCACCAACCACCGGCCCCCGUCAACACCUGUGAGCUUCCCAGAGCCCCCCAGCUUUAGCCCCAUGGCUGACCCUCUGUUUAGUGGCGGGUUCCUGACACCAGAAUCCCCUGCCACCCCGCCAGGAGUGCCCCUCCUCCUGGGCAGCCGCUUACAGGCCCGGAGCAGCUGCUCUGGACCCCCGGACUCACCUGCUUUCCUGAGCCCUGACUUCCUCCUGCCAGAAGACCCCAAGGCCAAAUCCCCCCAGUCCCUCCUCCAUUUCCCUACUCCCACCAAGGUGCCGGGCCUGGAGCCCUGUCCCUCUACUCCCUUCUCCCCUCUGGCCCCUUCCCCUCUCCUGAUGCAAGAGGACUCCCUAUACCCACCCAGGUUUCCUUUCCCUAACACAGCACCCCCUUCAGCAGUCUCCCCACUCCCCACCCCCACAAACUUCCCACCCACCCACCCCAAUACUGGCCCCUCCCCAUCCCCUUUCCCCCUGGAGCUCCUUCCUUCAGGAUACCCAGAGCCCUGCUGUGGGCCCCAAUUUGCCAUGCCCCGCCCACGGCUCAAAAGCAAGCCUCCAACACCGGUCCCUCGUGUUCGAAGGCCCAGCCCCCCAGCCUUGGCUGGGGGGUCCAACCCCUGUCUUACACAGCUGCUCACUGCUGCCAAACCAGAACAAAUACUAGAAGCACCGCUCCCCUCGAGCACUGCUCUCAGGCCUUCUGGAUCCCCGAAGCCAGGACCUCCUGAUUUCCCCUGUGUCUUCUACUCCCCACCUGUGGCUCAGUCCCAGCCUCAACCCACCCUGACCCCUGUAACACUGGCUCCUCCUGGACCCUUACUGGUACCCAAAGCAGAGCGGCUUUCACCUCCAGCACCUGGGAAUGAGCGGCGUCUGUCUGGGGAGCUGCCCCCCAUGCCUGGCCCAGUGGGGCUGGGCACGCGGAUCUCUCCCCCACAGCCCACUUUGGGCAGAGGACGCCUGGACAACAACAAGACAGAGAACCGACGCAUCACUCAUAUCUCGGCGGAGCAGAAGCGACGUUUCAACAUCAAACUGGGAUUUGACACUCUGCAUGGGCUGGUGAGCACACUCAGUGCCCAGCCCAGUCUUAAGGUGAGCAAGGCCACAACUCUGCAGAAGACAGCAGAAUACAUUGUGAUGCUGCAGCAGGAGCGGGCGGCCAUGCAGGAAGAGGCCCAGCACCUGCGGGACCAGAUCGAGGAGCUCAACACCGCCAUCAACCUCUGCCAACAGCAGCUGCCUGCCACGGGCGUGCCCAUCACUCACCAGCGCUUCGACCAGAUGAGGGAUAUGUUUGAUGACUAUGUCCGGGCUCGUACCCUGCACAACUGGAAAUUCUGGGUUUUCAGCAUCCUUAUCCGGCCUUUAUUUGAGUCCUUCAACGGGAUGGUGUCCACAGCAAGUCUACACAGCUUACGCCAGACUUCACUGGCCUGGCUGGACCAGUACUGUUCUCUGCCUGCCCUGCGCCCUACGGUCCUGAGCUCCCUCCGCCAGCUGAGCACCUCUACCUGCAUCCUGACCGACCCCGCCAGUGUCCCUGAGCAGGCUGCUCGAGCCGUCACAAAGGGCAACCUCAGUAACCCCUCCUAGGGGCCUGGCGACUAGCCUGGCAUGACCUCCACUGUACACCUCCACCCUCAACAACUUGGGAUUUCCCCCCACCCCACCCGGUGCUUCUCAUCUGGGUGUGGGAUCUAGAAUCCUUCUGUCAGAGCGUGGGGCAGGUAUACCCAGGAUCAUACCAUAAUAGCUGCUCCAGCCUUGACAGGGGAAGUAGACGCCAGGAAGAAAGAGGGCUUUAGGGGACAGGAAGCACAGAGAUAAUCAGACCCCUUGUCUGGCCUCAUGCCCUGUUCCCCUACCCACUAUGGUAGGUAUUGUAUCCAUGAUACAAUGGCCACCAGCCAUGCAAAAAUUACAAGUGGGCGUCCUGCCAAGAUGUCACUGGUAUAUCUCACUGUUCUCCCCUCAAUCUUCCCCUUUUUCCCACCCCUCACCACCCCCAUACCUCAUUUCAGCCCCUAAAUAAGAAUCAUCCCAGGGAAAGAGGUGAAGGUUUAUUUGUAUUGGUGGGGAGGGAGGUGGGGAAUCCGGUAUCAUGAGCCUUUAGCUGCCACCAAGCAGCUGGGCGGACCUUGCCUCCCUAGGCUAGAAAGCUGGAGGGAGCCCUGGCCACCACAAACUACCAUCUUCUGUCCCAGUCUCUACUCCAAGUAGGGCCAAUGGAAAGGUGAAUGAUGGGAAGGCAAAGGUUACUCCCUCAUUUUACCUCUGAAGCACAGUUCUAUGCCAGGGGAAAAACAGGACUUCAAGUCAGACACCCUGGGUUCCAUCACAGUUCUGCUAUGAACUUGCCUUCUGAGCCUCAGUUUCUUCUGCUGUAAGAUGAGGGUGCUGGAUUAGAUGAUGUCCUAGAUGCGGUUAUCUAGGCUGGGAGCUGAGGGAGUUUGGGAGAAGCAGGGAACAGAAAGAAGAGCAUGGACUUGGGGAGGGCCCCCAGGACUCCAAAAGGAGGAGUGAGGACUAGGUAUAGAGGGCCAUCUAAAACUCACACACGCUCUUCCCUUCCCUCCCCUCCUACUCCAGUCAGGCCUCCAGUCCCAGGAUGGACAAGGACUUCCUUCUUUCCUUGUGCCCUCCCCCCUGGUUCUCUAAAUCUAAAGUGAGACCAUCUCUGCACGUCCAGGAGAGAGAUCCCCCAGCGAAGGUCACAGGGGCCUCCCCUGCUGCCUAAGCUGGCAGUCAUCGUCAAUGGACUCACUGCUCCCUGCGGCCAAGGGCCAGAAGCCUAAUACCAGGGGGAUUGGGCUGAGGAGACAAAGCCGGGAGAGCACGGCCCAGACGAGGCUCCUGGUCACCAGAAGAGCAGCGGGCAUAACAGGCAUCUUUCUGGUGUGUGUGGAUUUUCUGAAGAAUUCUUGUCAAAUAAAAAGAGAGAGAAUCUGCCAAC